AUGACCAAAACUGAGCCUGAGGUCUUCACCAUCAGUGGAUCCGAGAUGGGACAGGUGAACGAAGAAGCUGAGUGUUCCAGGAGCAGAGGGAACAAGCACACGCAUAUCUAUGAGCAGUAUGUGCAGCCCUGUCUAGCCGAGUUUUUGGGUUCGACUUUGUUCAUUUUUGUGGGGUGCGCAUGUGUUGUGGGGAAUUCUGCGCCUGGUGCAAUUCAACCAGCCCUGGCACAUGGACUGGCGCUUUCAAUCGUCAUCAUGCUCUUUGGACAGAUCAGUGGCGGACACUUCAACCCAGCAGUAACCCUGUGUGUGUACCUUUGUGGAGGGAUGUCCUUAGCUCUUGUGGUGCCAUACAUCCUGGCUCAGAUGUUAGGAGGCAUAGCAGGGGCUGGCUUGGUUAGAGCUGUGUUUAAUACUCUCGAUUACCAGGCUGGUACUGGGGGCGCCUUUACUCCUGAAGCCAUACCUAAUGACCUUGGUAAAAUCACACUGGCAGAACUUGUUCUGACCAUGUUCCUCACUACGACAGUUGCCAUGGGAGCAGUGAAUGGGAAGACGAGCUCUCAGUUGGCCCCUUUCGGCAUUGGACUCACGGUUGCCGCCGAUAUAUUAGCAGGAGGGGGACUGUCUGGAGCCUGUAUGAACCCGGCCCGGGCGUUUGGACCUGCUGUCGUGGCCAACAAAUGGGACCACCAUUGGAUCUACUGGGUGGGACCUAUGGCUGGAGCUCUGUGCACAGUUAUCCAUGUCAGGUUGUUUCUUGGAGACCGGAAGACUCGAAUCAUUCUGAGAAAGUGAAAGAGAGAUGGUGCAGACUGUGAAAGAUGUAUUCAUAUACUGUAUGUAUAUUUAAGAACUCCAAUACUGUAUCUUGGGCCUAAUUGAACGCCUUUCCAUUAGAGUGUUAAAAACUCUGGAACAGAGGGAAAACUAGGUAGAUC